UGUAGCAUUUAAAGACUUACCGAUGCUGUAUAGUACGUAGUAUAAGAAUGUUUCUAAUAAUUAUAGGAAAUUUUAACGUGAGGCAAUAUCUGGAUAAAGUCACUACUAUAAUAAAGAGACAGUGGUACGAUGUGCUUUUAUUUGUGGUUGAUAUUUUAACAACAGUGUACGAGAACAAUAUUAUUUUAUUCAACCGUGGUUAUUCUUUAAUAUUUUCUUUAUGAAAAAGAAAUGAAUUUGGCGAAAAUUAUUGGAUGGAAACGUAUGAAUUAGAUUUUAAUUUUAAUUCCGGACAAGUGCACGAUUUCAAUUAAAACUCGUGAGGAUUCUUUUAGGAGAUAAAUAAGAGAUCUUCCUUGAUGUGAGAAAUUAAUGACUCGGUAAUCAUACGGAGUUGAAAGAUUUUCUUUGAUGUGUUAAUUGGCAGUCGGCGGGGAAAAGGUUUUUGUUCAUUGAAGAUGAUUGGAUAUUGUUUGUAGUUAGUUGACCCAUGUUUUUAUGUGUUUGACAACUAACUUAAUUGCAAAGGGAAUCGAUAUUUUGAUAUGGACUUUGAUAGAAAUAAGGUACGUUUAACGUCUAAUAUGCAGUUAUGCUCUGUGGAUUGACUUGGAAUUUUUCGUUGAACAAUUUUACUUGGACGGUCAUCGUCAUUUAUAUUUAUAAUGUCCUACCUAUGGUUUUAUCACAAUGGCGGACGUGAUUUACACGGUAAUAGUGGUGCUAAUUCAUUAUAUGGUGGUAACCGUGGAAACAGAUCAAGACGUCCGAUGAGGGAGAGAUCUUAUCGACAGUUUCCCCACCACAGGAAUAGUGGGGUGCUUGGUCUUAGUAAGAGUAUAGAAACUCUGCCCCCACCUCCGCAAGUGCGUGUUGAGUUUUUCACCAAUGAGAAAUCAUUCAAAGAGAGGUUACAGCUUUACUUCAUCAAAAACCAGAGAUCAAGUUUGCGAAUUCGUAUCUUCAACUUAGUCAUCAAACUAUUGACAUGUAUACUGUACACAGUAAGGGUACUGACAGAAACCAUUCCUCCAAAUUGCGAUACUCUACCAGACACGAUAGAGAAUGGUACAGUUGCGGAUGAUGUCACGUGUUGGGAGAGCGUAGAUAAAGAGGUGUUUGAGGAUCAUCCUGUCAUACACUGGUGAGAUAUAAUUU